AGUUUGUUUGCAUCAUUCACCAUAUCAAAAUAAGAGGAUGGUUCGGCAUCGAUUUUCUGAUUCAAAUCAUCAAAUAGUUUCAAAAAAAACUUUGAAGAAAUUAAACAAAGAAACAAAUUUGGCACGGAAUAAAAAUAUAUCAAAUGGACAAUCUUCUAGUCAAAAGACACAUUCUGCUGUUCCUGGUAUAGAUACCGCAUUCAAAGUAUUUUUAAGUGCAAGAUUUUGUAGUGCAAUUUGGGCAUAUAUAAGUGAUUGUGAUGAAACAUUUAAUUACUGGGAACCAUUGCAUUAUAUUAUUUAUGGCCAUGGCUUGCAAACGUGGGAAUAUAGUCCGCAAUUUGCUCUACGAUCCUAUACAUAUCUGAUGUUGCAAGGAGUUCCAGGUUGGAUAUACAAUAAAAUCUUCGAACCUAGUCCGUUAUUGAUAUUUUACUUUACAAGAUGUAUGCUGGCGCUAGUCUGUGCAGUAAUCGAGCGAUAUUUUUAUAAAGCUGUCGCAAGGGAAUUCGGCAUCCAUAUUGCUCGACUUUGGCUUAUAUUUCAAUUAUUUAGUGUUGGAAUGUUUAUAUCAAGUACCGCUUUGCUUCCAAGCUCAUUUUCAAUGUAUUUUGGAACUGCAGCGUUGGCUGCGUGGUGGCUUCAAAAUUACAAUUUAGCAAUAUUUUUCAUUGCUAUUUCUGCAUUAUUAGGAUGGCCUUUUGCAGCUUUAGUUGGGCUUCCACUUGCAUAUGACAUGUCAGUUAGAGCUAGAAAGUGGAGAAGUUUUUUAAUAUGGGCAGCUAUAUCAGCAGUAACCAUAUUGUUGCCAAUGAUUGCUAUAGAUACUAGUUUCUUUGGUAAAAUUACUGUUGCUCCACUUAAUAUAAUAUUAUACAACGUGUUCACAGAACAUGGUCCGAAUUUAUAUGGAACUGAACCUUACUCAUAUUAUUUAAUAAACGGAUUUUUAAAUUUUAAUAUAAUUUGGUUAUUUGCUUUAGUUGCACCAGUUAUGUUAAUAUUUGAGUACUUACUUGUGCCAGCGAAAUCGCGAAGCACAUUAAAUUAUCCGGCUUAUUUAACAUUGUCACCGUUUUAUUUAUGGCUGCUUGUAUUUAUUAUCCAACCACAUAAAGAAGAGCGGUUCUUAUUUCCUAUAUAUCCAAUGAUAAGUUUAUGUGGUGCUAUAACUGUCGAUAUAUUUCAAAAAUUAAUUUUUCGUAUAAGAUGCUUAUUUAGACAAUUUAAAAAUGGUGUUCACUAUCUUGAUGAUACUAUGGUGUUUGCGAUUGCUGUAAUGUUAGUGAGUGCUGGUAUAGGAAUGUCUAGGAUUCUGGCACUAUAUAGAAAUUAUCAUGCUCCUAUGAAUCUACUUCUCGAAUUAAAUGAGUUUAAAAAUAGUCCUCAAUUUCGAGAAGAUAAUACUUAUAACGUAUGCAUUGGAAAAGAUUGGUAUAGAUAUCCAACAAGUUUUUUAUUACCUUCGAAACAUUUUCGCAUACGAUUUUUAAAAUCAGAAUUCAAAGGUAUUUUGCCAGCGUAUUAUUCAAAUGGAGACAACGCAACAGCUAUAAUCCAUCCAUAUUUUAAUGACAUGAAUCAGGAAGAUGAGCGAAUGUACUUUGAUUAUGAUAAGUGCAAUUUUUUAAUAGAUUUAGAUAUCGGAAAGUACACAAUGUUAGAGCCAAAUUAUUCAGCACGUAAAGAAUGGUCAAUAAUGAAAGCAAUUCCAUUUCUAAAUACGGAAAAUUCUAACAAAAUUCUUCGAGCCUUUUACAUUCCAUUUUUAUCUGAAAAAUAUAUCACUUAUGGAAGUUUUAAUUUAUUAAAAAGGAAGAAAUUCAAAAGUCCACAGGGAAAGAAGGAGGAGGCAUAAGUAUAUUACAGAAAAAUGCAUUUUUCUUUUAUCAUAGCAUUUAUCAUUAAAAGUAUGUGAUUUGUACCAAAUUUAAAUAAUAUAAUUAUUUUUUAUUUAA